CCCUCACAUAUAAAAUGCUUUGGCAACUAGUAAAAAUUUCUCCCCUCUCAGUUUUCCUUUUAUUUGCCUUGAUGGAAUUCAGCUGAGCAAAUUAUUCAUGAUUGCAACUCCUAGAUUCUCGCCUUAAUUCCAGGGAAGUUCCCUUCUAUUUCUCUUUUUUUUGGGGGUGGGGAUUUCUGGGUGUUGAAGAUUUUUUGCAGAUGAGUAAAAUUUUUAUCUUUUUUGGUUUAUCAAUUGGAUGAAUAUUUUUUAUGUUGGGUGGCUUUUUCUUUACUCUUUUGGUGAUUUUGAGGGUGGGUUUUUUAUUGGGUAUAUCAAGCUUUCUUCUUUUGUUUGUGAGAUUUGUGCUUAGGGUUACAAAUUUGUUAAUGGAUGCUUGUUUAGCUUGAUGAACUGGGUACUUCGAGGUUCUCUUACUGGCUUGUUUGUUAGCGGGAAAUGUCUUAAAAGGGAAGAACAAGAAAUUCUUAUGCUUGGUUUUGGUUUAUUGAGUGCUUGAAUCACAGAUAGGAGCGAGUAAUGAUACUUAUAGACUAGUGAUUGAGGGGAAACAAGUUGAUGGGAAUGACAUAAAAUUAUAUGCUUGAAAUAAGUAAUGGAAGGAAAUCUAUCACAAGGAGGAAUGAUUUCUGGUGGGGGUUCUUUUGGAGGCCUUGACGUACAAGGAUCAAUGAGAGUUCAUCAUCAUGCACAACACCCACAUAAUAUACAUCAACAUCACCACUCUAACCCUCGCCAAGGAGCUUCUAUACACCCUUCUAUUCAUGAGGGUUUUCCACUCACAAUGGGAACCAUGCAAAACUGUGAUCAAACCAUUGCGAUGACAGAUUACAAUAAGGGAGAGAGAAGGAAAAGUUCGGUCAGCGAUGAGGAUGAACCGAGCUUUACGGAGGAGGGUGUCGAUGGUCACAAUGAUGGAACUAAGGGCAAGAAGGGAUCUCCAUGGCAGCGUGUGAAGUGGACCGAUAAAAUGGUGAGGCUUCUAAUUACGGCAGUGUCUUAUAUAGGAGAGGAUGCAGCUGGGGACUGUGGUGGUGGGAUGAGGAGGAAAUUUGCAGUUUUACAGAAGAAGGGUAAGUGGAAAUCAGUGUCGAAAGUCAUGGCCGAAAGGGGCUAUCAUGUUUCACCUCAGCAGUGUGAGGAUAAGUUCAAUGACCUGAAUAAAAGGUAUAAGAAACUAAAUGAUAUGCUUGGUAGGGGCACUUCUUGUCAGGUUGUUGAACAGCCAGCACUUUUGGAUGUUAUAGAUUACUUAACAGAGAAAGAAAAGGAUGAUGUUAGGAAAAUUUUAAGCUCAAAGCAUCUUUUCUAUGAGGAGAUGUGUUCUUAUCAUAAUGGGAAUAGAUUGCAUCUACCUCAUGAUCCACAAUUGCAGCGUUCCUUGCAGUUGGCUCUUAGAAGUAGAGAUGAUCAUGAGAAUGAUGAUGCAAGGAGGCAUCAGCAUGAUGAUCUUGAUGAUGAUGAUCAUGAUAUGGAAACUGAUGAUCAUGAUGAAUUUGAGGAGAAUCAUGCUUUGCAUGGGGACAGCAGGGGAAUGUAUGGGGUGUUAGGGGGCUCUGCAAAGAGGUCAAGACAAGGUCAGGUCCAUGAAGAUGCUUGUUUCCAGAACUCAUUAAACUCUCAGGACUGCAACAAAAGUUCUUUUUCAUAUUCACCAAUCACCCAAGCUGAUAUGAAUCAAGUCCUACCUGACAAUACGAGAGCUGCUUGGUUACAGAAGCAGUGGAUUGAGUCUCGCUCACUUCAGCUAGAAGAGCAGAAACUACAAAUUCAAGUUGAGAUGCUAGAAUUGGAGAAACAACGUUUUAAGUGGCAGAGAUUUAGUAAGAAAAGGGAUCGUGAACUGGAAAAGAUGAGAAUGGAAAACGAGAGGAUGAAGCUUGAGAAUGAGCGAAUGGCAUUAGAGUUGAAGCGAAAGGAAUUUGCUGCUGACUAAGGCCAAGUGACUUGUAGUCAAACUUCUUUUUUGCCAGUACUAGGCCUUGAUGCAAGAUUUUUUUUUUUGUUGGUAAGAAGAGUUCAAUGGAUUCUGGCCAGGACUACCCUCCUAUUGUUGCAUGAGCAAUGGAAGCCAUCUAACCAUAUGAAUUAGUAUCCUAUACACCAACAGUGGAGUUUAAAAACUUCACAAGCAGGCAAUCUCCUUGGAAGCCAUUUGCAUUUCUGGAUAAACCUGCCGAAGGAGGAUAUAUUUAUAAUUAUGUAGAUGUGCUUUAAAAUCCUGAUGCAAGGUCUAUAAACAAGAAGUGCUGAUAUGACAAUUUAUUGCAGCCUCCUGGAUUAUAGAAAGAUGAGAAAAUGUAUCGGUUGUAACUGAUUUUUUUUUUUUUCAUUCUGGAAAGUGAAUGUUUAAGAUUGAUCUGAUGGUCCAUAGCUGGAAAAAUGGUAUAUUAGCUGCAAGCAGUUAUAAUGAUUCAAUUAAGAGAUCUCUUUUAACAUUGAAAAAUGUUUAACAUAAUAUUGGAAGGAAUAAGGGUAUUCCUUCCUCAAUGUUCCA